GCAUCGCGCAGGUUUUGCUGCGCUUUUGCCUGGAACAGCAGGCGGAGCAGUGAGGCGAUCCCAUGCUUUACUUUAACAUUCAAAGCGCUUCGGGGAGGAGCUCCGGCGAUACAUUUGGAGUCGAAAUUUAAGUGUACACAGUUGGACAACUUUAGUUAUAGUCUUACAUUUAUGCCUGAGCCUUUUAACAUGAGAGGAAAGGGCAGCCCGUCGCUCUUUAUACUUCUGCAAACUUUUGUCGAUCCUCGGGAUUUUAUUUUGAAUUUCUGAAAGGCUGCAUCUUCUGUCUAAAUUAAUAAAAGGGCGCACGGUAUUUCUGAGGUCUAAAAACAAAGGCAGAUCUCUGGAUUAGAGUUAUUUUUUGUUCCCCUCUAAGAAGAAAUGGAAACGGGAAUGUCUUAAAUGGACUAAAAUACGUAUUUAUCCCUGAUGUCUUAGUGCCGCUCAACAUUAACACAUGUUUCUGCUGGAUCUUUUGCAUACUGUAACCUUACUGGAAUAAAUAAAUAAGGAGGAUGGAUAAUUUCUUUACUGUGGGGGCACGUGUUUGGUUGCGUGAAGAUGAGCAGUUCCUGCCCAGCACAGUGUCAUCCUGCUCAGGGGGCGUGGCUGUGUUUACCACUGACUACGGCCAGGUGUUCACCUACAAGCAGAGUACCCUGACCAGGCAGAAGGUGCACGCCAUGCAUCCAAGCAGCAUCAAUGGGGUUGAGGACAUGGCAGCACUGGGAGAUCUCCAUGACGGCGCCAUCAUGCACAACCUGUACCUCCGCUACCAGCAGGACAAGAUCUACACCUACAUCGGGUCCAUCUUGGCAGCGGUGAACCCCUACAAGCUCAUCCCCCACCUGUACGACCGGGUCUCCAUGGACCUGUACAGCCGGCAUCACCUUGGCGAGAUAGCGCCCCACAUCUUCGCCGUGGCCAACGAGUGCUACUGCGCGCUGUGGAAGAGGACGGAGAGCCAAUGCGUGCUGAUCAGCGGCGAGAGCGGCGCGGGAAAGACGGAGAGCACCAAGCUGAUCCUGCGCUACCUCUCAGCCAUGAGCCAGCGCUCGCUGGGGGCCAGGGCCAAGGCGGCCUCAUCGCAUGUGGAGCACGCGCUGCUCGAGAGCAGCCCCAUCAUGGAGGCCUUCGGGAACGCCAAGACCGUCUACAACAACAACUCCAGCCGCUUCGGGAAAUUCAUACAGCUGCACUUCUGCCAGAAGGGGAACAUCCAGGGGGGCAAGAUUGUGGACUAUCUACUAGAAAAGAACCGGGUGGUGAGACAGAACCCAGGGGAGAGGAACUACCAUGUGUUCUACGCCCUGCUGGCGGGCACCGACGUGGAGCAGAAGGAGGCCUUUGGUCUCACACAGCCAGAAUGCCACCAUUACCUGCAACAGUCCGGCUGCGUGGCAGACAAGACCAUCAACGACAGGGACACCUUUCAGGAAGUCCUGAACUCCAUGCGGGUGAUGCACUUCAGCGAAGAGAACAUCCACGAGAUCCUGAGGCUCCUUGCCGGCGUGUUGCACACAGGGGACAUCGAGUUUGCCACCGCGGGUGGGGCUCAGGUCACCUCCAAAUCAGCGCUGAGCUGGGCUUCAGAGCUCCUUGGGCUGGACCCGAUGCAGCUGGCUGAGGUGCUGACCCACAGGUCCAUGAUUUUACGGGGAGAGGAAAUCACGACACCUCUCUCUGUGGAGCAGGCUGUGGAUUCCAGGGACUCCAUGGCCAUGGCUCUGUAUUCCCAGUGCUUCACCUGGAUCAUUCGGAAACUCAAUAGCCGGAUACAGGGGAAGGACGACUUCAAGUCCAUCGGCAUCCUCGACAUCUUCGGCUUCGAGAACUUCGAGGUCAACCGCUUCGAGCAGUUCAACAUCAACUAUGCAAAUGAGAAGCUUCAGGAAUAUUUCAACAAGCACAUUUUCUCCUUGGAACAACUGGAAUACAACAAGGAGGGCCUGGUUUGGGAGGACAUUGACUGGAUGGACAAUGGCGAGUGCCUGGACCUCAUCGAGAAGAAACUGGGGCUCCUAGCUCUGAUCAACGAGGAGAGCCAUUUUCCGAAAGCCACCGACGAUACCCUGCUGGAGAAGCUGCAUAUCCAGCACUCGAAAAAUCCCUUUUAUGUGAAGCCACGUGUGGCGAUCCACUUUUUUGGAGUGAAACAUUACGCUGGCGAGGUGGUGUAUGACGUACGGGGCACACUGGAGAAGAAUCGGGACACCUUCCGAGACGACAUCCUCAAUCUGCUGCGGGAGAGCAGGUUGGAUUUCGUCUACGACCUGUUCGAGCACGUCUGCAGCCGCAACAACCAGGACACCCUCAAGUGUGGCUCAAAGCACAGGAGAGCCACCGUCAGCUCGCAGUUCAAGAAUUCUCUGCACUCCCUAAUGGCCACUCUCAGUUCGUCCAACCCCUUCUUCGUUCGCUGCAUCAAGCCAAACAAUCACAAGAUGCCUGACCAGUUUGACCAGACGGUGGUGCUGAACCAGCUCAGGUACUCCGGCAUGCUGGAGACGGUUCGGAUCCGCCGGGCCGGUUUUCCUGUCAGGAGGCCCUUCCAGGACUUCUGUGCCAGAUACGGGGUGCUAAUGAGGCACAUGUCCCUGCCGGAGGAGCCCAGAGGGAGGUGUGCCGCGCUGCUCCACACCUACGAUGGCGGCGGCGCCGAGUGGCAGUUGGGCAAGACUAAGGUGUUCCUCCGGGAGUCGCUGGAGAACAAGCUGGAGAAGCAGAGGGAGGUGGAGGUGCUACGGGCUGCCAUGAUCAUCCAGGCGCACGUCAUGGGCUACGUGGCACGGAAGCAGUACCGGCGGCUGCUUCACAGCAUCGUGACCAUCCAGAAGAACUACCGGGCCUUUUAUUGGAGGAGGCGGUUUCUGCUCCUCCGCUGGGCAGCCCUCACCUUCCAGAAGCGGCAGAGGGGCCGUCUGGCCCGACGAACCUACUGCCAGCUGCAGGAGAGGAGAAAGAGGGAGGAAGAGGAGCGGCAGCGCAGGAUCGAAGAGGCCGAGAGGGAGAAGCAAAGGUUGGAGGCCGAGCGACUCGCUCGAGAGGUGGAGGAGGCACAGCGGGUGGCGGAGCUGGCCUCCCGGGCACAGGAGGCGGAGUGGGAGUCCCGGCCCCAGGACACGUCGCAGGUGGAGGAGAUCCUACGUCUGGAGCGGGAAAUCCAGGAGCUGCAGCGGCGAAAAGAGCGACACGAGCUGUCGCUGACGGAGGCGUCGCUGCAGCGGCUGCAGCGGCUGCGCGACGAUGAACUGCGGCGGCUAGAGGACGAGGCGUGUCGCGCCGCGCAGGAGUUCCUGCAGUCGCUCAACUUCGACGAGAUCGACGAGUGCGUGCGCAACAUCGAGAGCUCGCUGGGCGAUAGCAAGCCGGGCCUCUGGCGUCAGGGGGGGGAGCAAGAGGAUGAGGAGGACGAGGUGGAUGAGGGCUUUGGCGCCGACGACGACCCCUUCAAGGAGUCGCCCAACCCCAGCGAGCAUGGCCACUCGGACGGCCAGCGCACCAGCGGCAUCCGCACCAGUGACGACUCCUCCGAGGAGGAUCCCUACGCCAACGACUCAAUGGCGCCCCCUCAGCUGCCACCGCCCAGUUCCCAGGCCUGCCACACCGCCCCCUACAGGGAGGACUCAGAAGAGCUCAUCCCGCCUGACGAGGACUCUGAUUACGAGCGGGACGACUACGAUGAGGGCGCCAUCCUGUCCAGCGGCAGCAUGGCGUUCUCGAACCCGCGCAGCGGACAGUGGUCCCUCGAUUACCGCUGCUCCCUAGACACCUACAACAGCUCUGGGGCGUACCGCUUCAGCUCAGAGGGAGCCCAGUCCUCUUAUGAGGACAGCGAGGAAGACCUUGACAGGUUUGACACAGAUGACGAGCUGUCCUACCGGCGUGAUUCGGUGUACAGCUGCGUAACCAUGCCCUACUUCCACAGCUUCCUGUACAUCAGAGGUGGCUUGAUGAACACAUGGAAGCGCCGCUGGUGCGUGCUGAAGGACGAGACCUUCCUGUGGUUCCGCGCCAAGCAGGAGGCCCUGAAGCAGGGCUGGCUGCACAAGAAGGGCGGCGGCUCGUCGACGCUGUCGCGCCGCAACUGGAAGCGCCGCUGGUUCGUGCUGCGCCGCAGCCGCCUCAUGUACUUCGAGAACGACGGCGAGGAGAAGCUCAAGGGCACGCUGGACAUGCACGACGCCAAGGAAAUUGUGGAUAACACAGGGAAGGAGAAUGGCAUCGAUAUCGUGAUGCCAGAACGCACGUACCACCUGAUCGCAGAGUCGGCUGAGGAUGCCAGUCAGUGGUUCAGCGUCCUCAGCCAGGUCCACAGCUCCACCGAGCAGGAGAUCCGCGAGAUGCACGACGAGCAGGCCAACCCGCAGAACGCCGUGGGGACUCUGGACGUCGGCAUGAUUGACUCUGUGUGCGCCUCCGACAGUCCCGAGAGGCCCAACUCGUUCGUGAUCAUCACGGCGAACCGCGUGCUGCACUGCAACGCCGACACCCCCGAGGAGAUGCACCACUGGAUCGCCCUGCUGCAGCGCUCCAAGGGCGACACGCGCGUCGAGGGCCAGGAGUUCAUCGUCCGAGGAUGGCUUCACAAAGAGAUGAAGAACAGCAGCAAGACAGCCCUGAAGCUGAAGAAACGAUGGUUCCUGCUCACCCACAACUCCCUGGACUACUACAAGAGCUCGGAGCGCAGUGCACUCAAGCUGGGCACGCUGGUGCUCAACAGCCUGUGCUCCGUGGUGCCCCCUGACGAGAAGGUCUUCAAGGAGAUGGGCUACUGGAACGUGAUCGUGUACGGUCGCAAACACUGCUACCGGCUCUACACCAAGCUGCUGAAUGAGGCCACGCGGUGGGCCGGGGCCAUCCAGAACGUCAUCGACACCAAAGCCCCCAUUGAUACGCCCACGCAGCAGCUAAUCCAGGACAUCAAGGAGAACUGCUUAAACACGGAAGUGGUGGCGCAGAUCCAUAAGAGGAAUCCCAUUCUGCGCUAUAGCCCCCACCCCCUGCACUCGCCCCUGCUGCCUCUGCCCUACGGCGACAUCCACCUCAGUGUGCUAAAGGACAAGGGCUACACGGGUCUGCAGGAUGAGGCCCUCAAGGUCUUCAACUCGCUGCAGCACUUGGAGGGUGUGGCCGACCCAGUGCCCAUCAUCCAGGGCAUCCUGCAGACGGGCCAGGACCUGCGGCCGCUGCGGGACGAGCUGUACUGCCAGCUGGUGAAGCAGACCACGCGCCCCCCCCAGCCCGGCUCGGUCAGCGACCAACGCUGCUGGCAGAUCCUGGCCUGCAUGAGCUGCACCUUCAUGCCUUCCCGCAGCAUCCUGAAGUACCUCAAGUUCCACCUGAAGAGGACCCGAGAUCUCUUCCCAGGCACAGAGAUGGAAAAAUAUGCCUCCUUCGCCCACGAGUCCCUGAAGAAGACCAGGAGCCGGGAGUUUGUGCCGUCCCAGGAAGAGAUCCGCGCCGUUAUCGGCCGGCAGGAGAUGACCACCACGGUGUACUGCCAUGGCGGGGGCUCAUGCAAGAUCACCAUCACCUCCCACACCAUUGCAGGAGAGGUGGUGGAGAAGCUGAUGCGUGGGUUGGCCAUGGAGGACAGCCGCAACAUGUUUGCCCUAUUCGAACACAACGACAUGGUGGACAAGGCCAUCGAGAGCCGUUCUGUCGUAGCUGACGUCCUGGCCAAGUUUGAGAAACUCUCCGCCAGUCCUGAGGAACACAACACGGGCUGGAAGUUCUACUUCAAGCUCUACUGCUUCCUGGACACCCACAGCGUGCCGAAGGACAGCGUGGAGUUCGCGUUCAUGUUCGAGCAGGCCCACGAGGCGGUGAUCCGAGGCCAGUACCCGGCCCCCGAAGAGACCCUGCAGUUCUUGGCCGCCCUGCGCCUCCAGUACCUCCUGGGAGACUUCAGUGCUCAGGCGUCGGUACCGGAGAUGGGCCAGCUGUACCCCAUGGGCCGGCUCCGGGCCCGGAUCCACCAGUCAGCCCGUGCCUUCGGCCCGACAGGCGCCGAGCGGGCGGAGAAGAAGCGCUCCAGCUUCCUGGAGGGCACCCUCCGGCGUAGCUUCCGCGGGCCUUCCGUCAACCGGCAGAGGUUGGAGGAGGAGAGCGUCCUGGAGGCCUGGGUGAGGGAGGAGAUCGCCGCUGCCCGCACCAGCCUGCUGGACAAGUGGAAGAGGCUGCGCUCCAUGACGCAGGAGCAGGCCAUGGUGAAGUACAUGGCGCUGGUCAGGGAGUGGCCUGGCUACGGCUCCACCCUCUUCAGCGUGGAGUCGCGGGACAGCACCUUCCCCCAGGAGCUGUGGUUGGGCGUCAGCGCCGAAGCCGUGUCCGUGUACAAACGCGGCGAGCCGCAGUCGCUGGAGGUCUUCCCCUAUGAGCAGAUCCUCUCCUUUGGCGCCCCGCAAUCCAACACCUACAAGAUCACCGUGGAGGGCCGGGAGCUGCUGUUCGACACCAGCCUGGUGGUGGACAUCGCCAAGCUCAUGAAGGCCUACAUCAGCAUGAUCGUGAAGAAGCGCUACAGCACCUCGCACUCGGCCAGCAGCCGGGGGAGCCAGUGCAGCAGCCGCUGACCCCCCCCCCCCCGACACGCAUCGGCGACGCCCAACCAGCUGCGGAGUCAACGCAGCUCCACCUCAUCAGUCUUCUCCGGUGCCUUCUCUGACCCUGCUGCCCCGAACGUUCCCGUUGAUCGGCCGUUCCGGUUUGACGGAAGCCGGCUCUGCCAGCUGGCUACGGACGACGCCGAGCAGAGGAAGACGACGCCGAGCAGAGGAAGACGCGAAAGCCUUCAGUAUUUAUUCAGCUGCUGCCGUCAGUGUAUUCAGAGCGUGGACACGUGGAGCGGGAAGCUAAGGUCAGCGAAGAAGUUCUGAAAAAAAAGCCUUAUAACCAGCCAAUCUCACUAUCCCUGCCUUGCUGCAUGAGGGACACUGAAAACGCAAAAUUAUAACGUAUUUACUUUACUUAUUCGGGUGGUGAGUCCAAACAGGCCACCAAGGUCACUGUUACGUUACAGUAGUGCCUUACUUAAGAAGCAGAACCAAGCUGCCUUUGUUCAGUUGAGCUCAAGGACCUGAGGAUGCUUAAACCAAGGCUGCCCCCCUCCCAAUCCCCUGCUACGGGCCAGUAGGGUGUUAGUUCUCGCUGUCCCAAAGGGCCGCUGGCGGCCUUUCACAUCCUCACCCGGAAUCGGACCAAAUCAAACCCAACCAAACCACCGAUCGUACUCGUGCCUUUCUGCAAGAUAGUCACACUUGGACUUGUUUUCAAGUAUGAUAAUGUGCAAUGUUUUAUAUAACCACAGGGCUGUACAUUUUUUAGACAGGAGAUUAUAAGCUUCUCUUGCUGGAUUAUUACGCAAAAAAAAAAAAAUAUUUUGCAGAACUCAAAUGCUUUUUUUAAAAAAAAAAUAUCUCUUGGUCGAUGAAAAAGCUUGCAGAAGUAGAGGAAGCAGCAUUGGCCCUGAGAUGUAUAUCUCUACUGUUUCUUUACCAUUUGUAUUAGAUGUGUUAUGCACUUGUUACUCUAACAAGCCAUUAAAGAUAUAUUUAUCUGCUA